AUGGCUCUCGGGGCUCAGCUGACACAUCCUUUUACAGAGAAUAUGGACACACGUAUAUCUCCGCCGCGCCGCUCCCGACCCCUUCCAUGGCGAUGGAGGCUGCCGCCGCCCCACCGCCUCCGCUCCCCCACUCAACUCCUCUUCUCCACCGUCGGAACAGCUCCACCGCCGCCGCCCCAUCCCUCCGCUCCCCCCAACCUCUCUUCUCCCGUCACCUCCAACCCGCCCCUUGAGCAGCCGUCCGGCGAGAUCUGUGGGGAACGACAUGAGCCCGUCCAUGCCCAUGAGGAGGAGCAGGAUGGCCGUCUGGUGCGGGAGAAGGAGCAGGGAUGCAGCCAGAUUCGUCACACGAAGAGCCGGAAGAAGACCAUACAACUAGAAGAUGCACAUGCAAAUAAUCGUCUCUUGCCUGCUAUUACCCAUGAUGGUAUGAUUGACAUGGCCAUUGUCACCAGGACCUUUGGACUUGUAGGGCUUGUUGCUGGUGGAAUCAUAACCGCUGCUUCAUCAUCCUGGAAGAAAUGAGGCUGUAGUAUGAAGUGAAUAAGAUGAUCAGAUGAGCAAGAACUUGAUGUAAAGUUAUGAUCGUCCUUGAGUGCGAGAGGCGAUGCUCAUGUUGGAUCAUAUCCAAGUUAACUCAACUCCGUAUCAUUGGUUAUGACUUGUGAAGUGUUGUUUUGAAUUGCUUAAACAUAUUUUGUAAUGGAUUUUCUUAUUUGUUAGCUUAUGAAAAUUGCGAUUUAAACCGUGGAUUCUGUGGUGUUAAAGUUAACCUCUUAAUUUAUGCUCAGGUUACAUUA